CUCUAAUCACUCGGUAUUUUAUAUUCCAGCCUCGGCUGUUGAGAACAGUUUAUUCAUUGAUAAAGGAGUGCAAAGUUUACCUUCUGGAAGAGAGAGAGAGGAGGGAGAGAUUCACGUGAGCCGACUGCAGGAAGAUCCGUGUUUGUCCUUUCCAUUACUCGAAAGGAACAUAGACCGAAGUGGUAGAGCGUUCCCCGCUCUAUGGGGUGUCUUAUUUUGUGAGCCAACAAUCUCCGUCUGUGGACCGUGAAUGCUAAGUGCUCUGCGGGACUGACUUGUUGCGCCGGGAUCAUGUAUUCCGAAUUGGGAAUGUUCCCUCAGAAACUGUACGGGGAUACGGGGGCGUCUGGGAUGAGUACUGCAAGCAUGGCCCCCGCAUAUGGUGUACCUUCCAUGAAUGGAAUGACCAGCGGUUACGGGAUGGACACGUACGGGCGACAGGGACUCGGAGCGGCCGCGAACGUCAGCAUGAGCAUGGGCGUAAACGCACAGUGUAUGUCACCGUCUGUCGGAAGUGCUAUGGGAUCUCAUUAUGGAGCCAACAACAUGGGCAUGGGAUCAUGUAUGGGUUCCAUGAACAACAUCAAUUCCGCACUCACUGGUUCAGUGGGAAUGGGCCGAGAGAUGGGACUCUCGGGACCGGCUUCCCCUGACGGAAGUGGAGUACUUCAAAGAACGCGAACAACAUCGGCCAGUUCUGCACCAGUGGUUGCAGCCGAUAAAGCCUAUCGACGGAGCUACACUCACGCCAAACCGCCUUAUUCCUACAUUUCUCUCAUCACCAUGGCCAUUCAGAACUCUGGCACGAAAAUGGUGACUCUAUCCGAGAUCUACCAGUUCAUCAUGGACCUGUUCCCAUAUUACCGCCAAAACCAACAACGCUGGCAGAACUCCAUCCGACAUUCCCUGAGCUUCAACGACUGUUUCUUGAAAGUCCCACGAACCCCGGACAAACCCGGGAAAGGCUCGUUUUGGACUCUUCACCCGGACUCGGGGAACAUGUUCGAGAACGGCUGCUACCUCCGGCGACAGAAGCGGUUCAAAUGCCCUAAGAAGGAGGCUGUGAGACAGACCAUAAAGCAACAGGGAGGGCACGAGAAGCAUGAGAAAUCUCACAAGGCCAAAGGAGGAAGCCAUAGCAACAAUAGCAGCAGCAGCAAAGCGAACAACGAAGUGACGUCCUCGCUGCAGAGCCCGCCGUCGAGCGGAAAUCAGAAUCAAAACCAGACGCCGAUAUCCACGACGGCCGAUAGUACGACUAUGCCACCGUUGCUCGACGUGCAGACAAAAAUGGAACUCGGCGGGGACCCUAAUUCCCUUGCUAUGGCCCACCUUGGAGCGGCGAACAAUUUACACAGCGACUCCCUCUCCCUCCAUUAUGCGUCCACGUCUCCUCAUUACGCGAGCCUUAUGCCCCAUACGGGCCAUUUGAAGGACUAUAAGACGGACUUCUCCAUCACGAGCAUCAUCUCAGAUAGCAAAGGGGACGUGAAGCCAUACGAGAUGUCCAGCUAUUCGGCAUACAACCCUUUCUCGAGCUCGUUGCCCAUGGCGGGAAAUCACCAUCCACCCGAUCCCUCCGUCUACUACCCGUCUCACAUGUAUCAGAGUGUCCAUCCCUGACAUCAGUUCCCUCCUCCAGCCAGCCCUUACAGUACGUCAUCCUCUUACUUCGCGGACGCAUCGGUGCCAUAAAUCCCUCGACAUUUGUGAUAUGCCGCAUUUCCCCCCUGGCAGCGCAUGGAGGCUAGACAAAAAAAUUCGCCGUUUCGCUUCUCUCUCUCUUCUCCAUUUUUCUCAUUCUAUCAGAAGUUUUUGCAACUUCGUUUUCAUUCGAUCUGAUGAAAUGCGUGCAAUAUCUUGUCUGACUCUUCGACGCACGGUUGGGUUUAUCGUUUAUUUUGAGUUUGUGAGGCGACAUGAUUCGCCUUCCUGAUGACGAUUGGGUUAUCUUCUCGACAUUCCAAUUUUUGAAGUCAUGAGGAUCCGAAUCUUUCCUGGCCAGGAAUGGACUUACGAACAAAAAUGGAUACUUUGUUCCUUGAAUCAAAUGCCAUAUUGCCGACGCACAGUGUGCCAUGACCAAAGGUGUUAUCUCUUCUUUUUUUUCUGUAUUUUCGAUUUUUAUAUAGUUUUAUUUAUGUACUCAGGAAUCAAUUGAGUUGAAAACCGUUCGCGAUGCACUUGUGUGUAGUAUGUCUGUGAAGAUACUUUUUUUUUUGCUCUCUGUGAACAUUGCAAAUAGCCUCAAAUUGGAGGGCCCUGUGAUUUCUCUGCAACAGCGAUCAUCCCCAGUGGCAAAGCGAACAUUCCCAGUUCAAAAGACCAGUCGUUUUCAGCAGCUCGAAAUCCACAAGAUCUCAAAAUCGUAUUAUUUGAUUUGGCAAGCAAUUGUUGUCCCGGAUCAGAAUAACGAGAUAGAAGAGAGCAACUGGAAGCGCCUGGAUUAGCCGAUCGAUGGUCCCAGAUCACUGCAAUAUUAUACUCCCAAGAUUCCUUGCUGUGCAGCUUCGUCCUAUUGCAAUUGGCCUACAAUAAACCAAUGUUAUUCCUAUUGCC